AUGGCUCCAAAGAGAAUUUUUAAGCAAACUACCAAAGACCAAAAACUUGCAAUGGUCAUGUUUAUUGAAAAUCCUGCAAAUCAAAACAUUAUUGAUAGAAAAGCAGCAAUGGGUGCUCCUAUAAGUGGCAAGCCUAUAACAAAAAAUGCAGGAUUUGCACAAAUAGCCUUAUUUGUAAAUAAGCGCUGCAAAGACAGUAAUUGGGAUGCUAAAAUUGUAAAUGGCCGGUGGACAACUUACAAAAAAACAUAUAUGGAAACUCGAAGAUCAAUUGAAAAGCAAAAACAAAAUGUUAAACCAACCUAUCUUGAAAACUUUGGUUUAAAUAAUCAAAAUUAUAAUGAGGAUAUAUUAAGCGAAGAUGAUGAUAAUAUUAAUAAUAUUCAAAAUCUAACAAAUAAUUCAUUUGAUGAUAAUGAUAUGGAUAAAGAAGACAAAUUGGAAAAUGAUAAUAAAUUAUUAUCUGUUAUAGUAAUGUUUACCACCAAACUUACUCGUGGAUUAACUCAACAAAAUUAUGUUAAAAAUAAGUUACUUAUUAUUGUUCUUGAUUUAGAUAACAAAGAUUUAGAACCAGCAUUAGCUUUACUUGGCUCAAUACGUUAUACUAAGGGUAAACAAAUUAGACAUAUUUAUUCUACUUAUUUACAAAAAAAAGAAAAAGAUUUUAUUGAAAAAAAUCUUUAUCAUUCCGAAAUUGAUUCAAAUUUAAUAAAAAAAUCUAUGCAAUCACUUACACGUCAAGUAGAAGUUCUUAAAAAUAAAAACCAAUUACUAUAUAGCAAGAUAAGUAAAACUAAACAAAUUCAAAAAUGA